AUGAGUUUCUUCCCGAUCUCCGCUUGUUGUCUAAAAGGGAGAGAUCUACCGGGUACACCAAGAGGUGUGAUGCAACCUGUUUCUCUCAAUGAUAAGAGGACCGUCGCUAGGUAUUAUACUAGUCCUCAGGACGGUGUGAGACAUCCUAAAGCCGCUUUGGUAUUAUUUGCGGACGUGUUCAUGUUCAAGAUUCCAAAUAACAUGAUCAUGGCCGAUAUGCUCGCAGACAAACUCGGUAUACCAGUUUACGUCCCAGAAUAUAUCCCGCACGCCGCUUCUCCGGGGAUCAUCGAUCCUCUCACCGAGUCAUACCCUGGUGCUCACGCUAACAAGUCUUGGUUCACGACUAUCAAAGAUGUCUUCACUUGUGCACCUAAAGUCAUAGGAGUUUUGUAUUCUAAUCGAGCGAGUGUCAUCGUACCCAAAUGUCAAGCGGCUGUGGAAGAGGUCAAAUUGGAAGGUUAUGAUAAGAUUGGUGCUAUCGGAUACUGCCGCGGAGGGGGGAUGAUCGUCAACCUCCUCGGAUCCGGUAAAACGUCCCUCGAUUGCGGUGUCAUCCUCCAUCCUUCUCCCGAGAGCACCUCUCUGGUCAAAGCGAUCAACAAACCCACUCAAUGGCAUAUCGCCUCUGACGACCAUUUCUUCACUGCUCAGAAGGCCGAUGAAGCAGUGGGGUUGAUCAAGAAGAAUGGGGUGGAAGCGGAGUCGUUUGUCUGGCCAGGCGAGUUAAUCUCUUUUCUUUCUUCUUUCCUUGCCCGGAAAACCCGGGAUAUCUAUAGAUCCUGCCCUCGAAUCAAGCCGAUCUAUUUGUGA